AUGGAAAAUAUGAGAUUCAAAGCUGAAACUGUGACAAGCAGUAAAUUAAAAGGAACAACAUGGGAAGAUGUUGAUGUUGGUGAUAUUGCAAUGAUUUCUAUUUCUUAUGGAAGAAUAGUUAGCCAUCUCCAAUUUUUAUAUGUCAAAGAUGGAAAAUUUUCUCCUUCAGUGAGACAUGGUGAUCUUAUAGAAAAUCUUGAAAUUAUCAAGCUGGAUUAUCCAUCUGAAUAUUUGAUUGGAAUAAAUGGUCGACAUGGAAAAGUUGGAACAGAUGGAGUUUUGAAAUCAAUUACAUUUGUGACAAAUAAAAAUUCAUAUGGACCAUUUCCAAAAAAUAAACCUACUUAUAUGGCAACUGAAGACACAGAAUUUAAUAUAAAUGCAUUGGAUUAUGGUUGGCUCAAUGGAUUUCAUGGCACAAUUUAUGGUAAUCAACUUGAAAGUUUUGGAGUUUACAUUAAACCAAUGCCAAUUAUUACAACUCCAAAAAAAGAUAUUGAUUAUGAAAAAAUUGAUGUAAUUGAGGGUUGAAUGUGCAAAUUGUAAAAGUUCAUGUAUGUACUUGU